UGUGUGUGUUGGAGUGCUGGUAUCAGCUGCCAAGUGGGGCAUGUCGAUGUUAAUGAUAUCCACAUCUCAACACUGAAGGUUUGUCGACAGUUAUCUUCCACGGACGACGAUGAUGAGGAUGAUUCUUGUAUUGAUGAAAUUCCACUGAUGGGGGAACACUUCGAACUUGAUGAGAGUGACCUGCUCAUGACAGCACGGAAACAGAGGCGAUUUUCUGCUCGAAAUGUUGCCCACUUCCUGGCAGGUGGAUGGAUCAGUGUCUGUGCAAGUUGUUGGGGAAGGUUGUUCCAAAGAUGUUGUCGAAAGAAGGAAUUUCAAGAGCGCACGGUUUACUUAGGACUCGCAUCAGGACCACAAAUUAAGCAUCCUCCAAAUGUUGUCCGCAACCAGAAAUACAGCUUCUUCACUUUUAUACCCAAGGUUUUAUUUGAACAAUUCCGGUUCUUCCUCAACCUGUACUUCCUCGUGAUGGCGUGUUCACAGUUCAUUCCUGCUAUCAAGAUUGGCUAUCUGUACACCUACUGGGGACCUCUGGGUUUUGUGAUAUUUGUGACAAUGUGCCGUGAAGCACUGGAUGAUUACAGAAGAUACAGCCGCGACAAAGAGGCAAAUUCUCAGAAGUACAAGAAACUGUCACGUGACGGAAUAACCAGCAUACCAAGCUCAGCGAUCAGAGUGGGCGAUUUAAUUGUAGUCGAGAAGAACCAGCGAGUGCCGGCUGACAUGGUUUUCCUGCGUACGACUGAGAAGGACGGGUCUUGUUUUAUUCGGACGGACCAACUUGAUGGUGAAACAGACUGGAAGUUGAGGCUGGCUGUUCAAAACACACAGAGGCUUCCGUCUAAUGUGGAUCUCUUGGACAUCUAUGCCACAGUAUAUGCAGAGAAACCUCAGAAAGAUAUCCACAGCUUCGUUGGAACAUUUUCAAGGACUGACAAUACUUGUGAAGAUCCCCUGGGCAUUGAGAACACGCUGUGGGCCAGCACUGUGGUGGCGUCUGGCACUGCGCUUGGUGUUGUUAUAUACACUGGAGCCGAAACUCGCAUUGUUAUGAAUACAUCACAGCCACAGAGCAAAACGGGACUGUUGGAUCUUGAGAUCAACACUCUAACUAAGCUGCUGUUCUUUGCUGUGCUAGUUCUGUCCAUCGUAAUGAUGAUACUCAAGGGAUUUGGUGGACCGUGGUACAGAUAUUUGUUCCGCUUCAUUCUCCUGUUUUCUUAUAUCAUACCUAUUAGUCUAAGAGUGAAUCUGGACAUGGGUAAAGCUGCCUACUCGUGGAUGAUCCAGCGAGACAAACUGAUACCCGACACGGUGGUCCGUAACACCACAAUCCCUGAGGAGCUGGGGCGACUCACUUAUCUACUGUCGGACAAAACAGGAACCUUGACACAGAACGAAAUGAUUUUCAGAAGAUUGCAUUUAGGAACAGUUUCCUUCAACUCUGAAACCAUGGAUGAGGUAGUUGCUCACAUCAGAACAGCCUUCUCUCAGCCUGCUGGGGUUACCGGAACGACGCUGUCCACACCUGGACGAUCUGGCCCUAUCAGGCGGACAGUUGUCACACGAGUCAUCGAAGCCGUCAAGGCUGUAGCUCUGUGUCACAAUGUGACUCCCGUCUACGAAGAGUUGGAGAAUGGCGACGUAGCUGCAGAAACUGAGGCAGAUCAGCAAAUCAAACAGAAUGUUACGUAUCAGGCUUCAAGUCCUGAUGAGGUUGCCCUUGUGUCCUGGACAGAGGAGGUGCAGCUGACCUUGAUCAAGCGUGAUUUAACCAGCAUGCAACUCCGAACACCCAGCGGUCACGUUAUAAGAUUUUCCAUUUUACAGAUAUUUCCUUUCACAUCUGAGUCAAAAAGAAUGGGUAUCAUUGUAAAGGAAGAAGAAACAGGUGAGAUAACCUUUUAUCUGAAAGGAGCAGACGUUGUCAUGCAGAGUAUUGUUCAGUACAAUGAUUGGCUAGAUGAAGAGUGUGGGAAUAUGGCCAGAGAAGGCUUGAGGACAUUAGUUGUAGCUAAACGGGUCCUGUCUGAAGAACAAUAUCAGGAUUUUGAGAAUCGGUACCACCAGGCGAAGAUGAGUAUUCAGGAUCGUAGUGCCAAGGUUCAGACGAUCGUGGAAAGCUUGGAGCGCGACAUGGAGCUGCUGUGUGUUACGGGGGUGGAGGACAAACUACAGGAUGGGGUGCGGCCGACGCUCGAACUGCUCCGCAAUGCUGGAAUCAAGAUCUGGAUGUUGACUGGCGACAAGCUGGAGACGGCCACGUGCAUCGCGAAGAGCUCGAAGCUUGUCUCACGACUGCAGGGCAUUUACACGUUCAGCAAAAUCUCCGACCGCAGCGAGGCUCACCUCGAACUCAACGCACUCAGGCGAAAAAACGAUAACACUUUGAUCAUCACCGGAGAUUCGUUACAGAUGUGUUUGAAGUAUUACGAGCACGAGUUUGUAGAACUGGCUUGCCAGUGCCCUGCUGUUGUUGUGUGUAGAUGUUCUCCCACUCAGAAAGCUGAUAUUGUCAAACUGUUGAAAACACACACUGGAAAACGGACCUGUGCAAUAGGUGAUGGUGGAAAUGACGUCAGCAUGAUACAAGCUGCAGAUGCUGGCAUUGGUAUUGUUGGCAAGGAAGGAAAACAGGCUUCCCUGGCUGCCGAUUACUCCAUAACACAGUUCAGUCAUCUUGGCCGUUUGCUGAUAGUACAUGGACGAAACAGUUACAAGAGUUCGGCCUCGCUGAGUCAGUUUGUCAUUCACCGUGGCCUCAUCAUCACCACCAUGCAGGCUGUGUUCUGUUCAGUCUUUUACUUCGCCUCCGUAUCUCUCUUCCCUGGCUUUCUCAUGGUGGGCUACGCCACGGUGUACACCAUGUUUCCCGUGUUUUCACUGGUAUUGGAUAAAGACGUGUCCUCAACCAUUGCCAUGACUUAUCCAGAGCUUUACAAAGAAAUGACAAAGGGAAGAUCAUUAUCAUUUAAGACAUUUUUUCUGUGGGUGCUAAUUAGUAUUUAUCAAGGAGGUAUAAUCAUGUACGGAGCGCUGCUGUUGUUUGAUGAUGAGUUUCUUCACGUAGUGUCCAUCACGUUCACGUCCCUCAUUCUGACAGAACUGUUAAUGGUGGCCCUCACGGUGCGCACCUGGCACUACCUUAUGGUCAUAGCUGAAGUGUUCAGUUUGGGCAUAUACAUCGCAUCACUAGCUAUCUUGAAAGAUUACUUUGAUGCUUCAUUCCUGAAGACAUGGAACUUUGUGUGGAAAGUGCUAGCAAUCACUGCAGUCAGUUGUAUUCCCCUGUAUGUGCUGAAGUAUCUCAGGAAGAGAUUUUCUCCACCAGUCUAUUCCAAACUCACAUAAACUUGUUGCAGUGACUCUGUAGUUGUGAACCUGUUGAAACUAGGAUCUUCCCAAGUUACUCGAUUCCAGACUAGUAACCUAAACCUGUUGUUGUGGCUAUGUGUAAGCUGUGAACCAAGAUCCCACUAAUCACCCUGGAUUCUACGUUUGGCUGCAAAAAAUAUUAAUCAAUGAGUUUGAAGCUUGUUUAGAAACCUUUACUAUUGCUGUGACUCUGUGACUCUGUGAAAUCCAGGAUCAUUAUACUAAGAACUCUGGAUUCUUUGUUUAUACUCCCCAGAUAUAAUACAUCAUUCUGCUCGAAACUGACCUGCUAACCUCAGUUCUAUUAAUAUUGUGUUUGAACGGACUUCCAAGCUUGCUCAUUAUUAACCUACCUGUACUUCAUCGAUGCCUCUUGGACAAUCAUACACAAAUCUACUCUUUCUGUAAACCCACAUUUAACCGUAGAUGUUUCAAAGAUGUAAGAUGUAAUGCAGCACUUGAACUUAAGUAUUUGUGUCCCAUAGCAAUUUAAAACAAAUUGCUGUUGAGCCAUUCUAUGGUAAUUUAAAAACAAGACUUUUGCAGCAAAUAAACGGUUAGUUUGCAGUAUGUAGACCUAUUCUAAAUGUGCAAAUAUUAAAUACUGGAAGAUUAUGUACACUAGGUGUUUACAUUUUGCCAUUAUUGAGGAGCUUUACCAAUGGCACAAUUGUCGUUCGAGCCCUGUAGGUUUAAAAUACAUUGAGUGUAAAAUGUAUUGAGAGUUUUAUUUAUUUAUUCCCUGUGCCAGCUUCCAUUUUAAAUGGGUUUUUUGUUUUGGUCAAUAAUUCGGCUUUGGUUUUAUGUUAAAAGACAAAGAGCCACUUAAAAUGUUGGCUACUGUGAGAUAUGGCCUGUAAUAUACAUAUACACAUUAGAUGUUUAACAUAUUCUAUUUAUAAUCUAAUACUGUAUAUAAACUUCUACAGUAGAUGCUUCAGCUUGGAUAAAUCUACUCUCACUUGGUUAAUCAGAUGCUGGUUAAUCCUGAUGAACAUUGUAAAUGUAUCUAUGACAGUCAUAUAAUUAUAUAUAUACAUACAGUUGAAUCCCGUUGGCUCGAAAAAGUGACCCAUUGGGUAGUUUGACCUAACCAUUUGGUGAACAUCGUGUAAGUGUGACUUGGGACUUCGUUUUUGGUUUGAGUGUUGCGGUGUAUCUGACCCUUCCCAGUUCAACCCAACGAGAUUCUACUGUAUAUAUAACAAUGUUACUUGAUAAGCUAUUUAGUCUCUUUGACAAUCACAGAUAAAGCUACUCUCAUUCAUCUAUAAUCUACAAGAACACAGUAAAUGCUUUGCCUGUUUGACAGUAAUAAUUUACCUUUGUGAUAAAAAAACUACACACAUGCACAUACCGGCAAGCAAACAGUUAACAUGCACAUGCACAUGCACACAUAUACACCUAUAUUGUGGAGAAGAAAUAUCUCAAGUGGCUAUAUUGUUGUCUACAAUUAGGGCCAAAUUUACGAAACCUCUUUUUCUUAACAAGUGUGUAAUUUCAUACAUUUACAAUGCUUAAACACCUAUAUUUAAGAAUAACAGGCUUCGUAAAUUUGGCCCUUACAUUUUUGGCCACUUGCACAUAAUGUAAAUGAUGAUGUAUCUUUUAUGUAUUCAGAAAGUGCUGUUUAUCAGAAUUUAGUCAUAAUACAGCAGUGUUAGUCCUGUAUCUACUGGUCGUUAUUGUAUGUGCUGUCCUGUCUAUGGGAAAGUAUAAAACCCUUGCUGCUAAUGAGACUUGCUUUGAAAACUACAUAUUUGCAUCCAGUAGUCGAUGAUUCAUUAAUCAAUGUGCUCCAUAGGGUCUCCACGAGUACUCGGGUACGGGUCGAGUCUAGCAAGUACCCGUGCAACGAAGAGCACUCUCAUUUAAUUGGAUUUUUUUUACAUCAUAUUAUGCUUCCCGCCAGUUACAUUAUAUGCUAUGGGGGGAAAAGUCGAAUGUGUAUGAUUGGGCAUCCAUGUUCAGCGUUGGAAGUAAGAAGCAUAAUGCUAUUUUACUUUAUUCCUUAGUCUCAUUAUCAUCUAAUGUAAAUGGCGAGUACUCUGGUCCGGGUCGAGUUUAACCCUCGAGUACUCGAGUCCCAAUAUUUUGGACUCGUGGAGGCCCUAGUGCUCCAAUGUUGUUAAACAAAAAAAACCCCUUUAAACUUGUUUAAACAGUGUUAAGCUGAGUAAUUACAGACUAUAAGAAACCAUCGAUGGGUUGCUCUGGUGAAUUCUUUACGUCAUGUAACAGUACUGUGGUACAAAAGAACCAGUGAAGUACAUAUACCCAUCACGAGUUUGAUGGAGAAGCAUCCAAAUUAUUGUGUUAUAUCUGAAAUGUUACAGAAGAUAUGGUGCAGUAAUUGAUUAUCCCUUGUGAAUUGAUAAGGAAGGUGUAGCCUAGACAAGGAUUUCUUUCUGUGUGCAGUAAUGUGUGAAAGUGGGUCGCAUAUAAAAAUAAAACAAUUCCCAGCUUAGGGGCUUUUCAAAUAUUAUGUAAAGCCAUUUAGGUCAAAAUUAGACCCCCUCCCUCCCCCUGUAAUGCUAGAUCUUACAUCCCCAAAAUAAUACAUAACACUUGGAGAACCCUACCCAUGCGAUAGGUACAAUAUAAUUUUAACAUACCGUUUUUCUCUUUAGGAAAGUGCAAAUAUGCAUUUCAGCUCAUUUAUAAUCAUUGUUGUGUAUAGGUUUAGCUAUAACUAACUAAGCUAAACGUCAUUGUCCGUGCGACGGAGCAAAAAAUAAUUAAAAACCCAUAAAAUUUUUUUAGUAAUUAAAAAUAAAUGUUACAGAAUGGUUCAGUACACCCAUCCACUUCCUGUAAUAAUGUUUGGACCUACACUAUCCACUCGAGCAUUAUAUAAUAUUUGAAUGAUUCCCCAGCAUUACAGCUUAGCAAUCUAAUACAAGGCUCACACUGCAACACAUUUUGGUUUAGCCAAUUUUCAAACAUCUGGAGUAUUUCCUUAAAAAUCAUUCAAAUGUGGUUAAUUUAAGGAAUAUUUUAUUAGCCAGUCUAAAAUGUUUAGCCAUUUUGUGUAAAAAUUAGCAAUUGGCUAAUAUGGCAAUGUACAGGGUGAGCCCGGGAUGUAAGGCUGGUAGGUACAGAGUUCAUUUCCUAGUACCAGCUCCUAUCCAGAACGGGUAUUAAUGACAUAAGUUUGAGGUGCAAGACCAUAACAACUUUGCUCACUAACCACUAGUAACUACCUACUAACCCAAUACCCUGGAUAGAUUGCCCAAAAUGGCCGAGUUAUGGGCCCAGGCCAGUAUGCUUGAACAUUAAUUGGAUGCAAGGACGAAAAUAAGUUAAUUUAUUGAUAUUCAAUUCCACACAUUUUGUAAUGCAAUCAUGCUCAUGUGUUAAUCUGGAUUGAACCUGUAUUAGGCUUCGAUUUUGAUGCAAUCGGUGGCCAUUAGAUUUGGUGACAGAGGAUUAGCGCUGAAUACACACACUUCCAGCCGAUGUUUUGUGAAAUAACAAAAUUCAAGCUGUUGUAUGUUCUUAUAUAUGCCUUAAUAUUUAUAUGUAUAUUUGUAUCAAAAUGUUAUUUAUUUUAAAAUAAAAAAUACUGAAUACA